AACUAUUGAUCCAUGGAACCCUGUCAUCUACAGUCGUAAUAGCCCAGUCUCUGGGCACUACUCUGCUUUCUGCUUCGACAUGGUCGUUCUGCCCACCACACUCCUUUUAUUCAGCUGGUACACCGCCGUCAACGCUGGCAGCGCCAGGAAAGGCGAGAGCUGCAGCCAGGCCAACAGCCGUCUCCAAGUCGGCACCUAUCAGUUCUACAGCGACUGCGACUCCGUCACGUAUUGCUCGAAUGCCGGAACCUGCGAGCUGAAGGGAUGUCGGAGGGACGAGUUCCCGUACGGGUACGCGCAGGACGACCAGAGUAUUCCCGACUUGUGUCCCAGGGGCCAGUUCUGCCCGGACGAAGAGGACGCAUGCCAAGACUUGCUACCUGUCGGGAGCCCAUGCCAGUUGAAUCGGGAUGAUCAAUGCGAAGCGCCUCCUAAUUUCGUCGAAUUGCGAGACGAGAGCGGGCGUGGCCUUAACCACAAUGGCUCCGUGUGCUUGAACAAUAUUUGCAUGUGGGCCAACGUGACCGUUGGACAGCAGUGUGUUGUGGAGAACACCGCGUAUAUUGCGUACGGUGCCAACGGACAGGAAUUCAUCGACGUAGUAUCUCGCGGCAAUUGCAAGCUUGGCAGCUAUUGCGACUCUCAACAGCUUGUCUGCAUGCAGACGAAGCAGCUCAACGAGGCUUGCAAUGCUGACAAGGAAUGCGAAUCAUACAACUGUCUACCCUCUGGCAAAUGUGGUAAGCCGGCGGACGCUUCGCAUCACUAUGCCAUUUGGGUCUAUAUCAUCGUCUGCAUAUGCAUCUUCGGAGGUAUGAUCGGUACCCUCACCGGGUUAUUCUUCAUGCAUGGCAAGCAACGAGAGCAAGAACGAGAGAAGCGUAUUCAGUACUGGCGCGAGCAGAAUGCAUUCCGCCAAAAUAUCAUCCAACUGCGCGAGACCACCCGCAACUCCUUCCUUUCGUACCCAAACGAGAGUCCGCGGAAUACCGUCUACAGCCGAGACGGCAGCUCGGAAGGGGACUCACAGAUGCCCAUGCUACACGCAAAUAAGCCGGGCAGCAACCUCCGCCACGGCUACUCUGACGACGGGCUUGACGACGACGAAGGGAUUUCCAUGAAACCUAGAGAGCAGGCCGGGUUCUGAGUUUCUGCGGUUUUUAUGACAGUGGACGUUCUUGAUCUCUUGGACAGCCUGAUAGAUACCAGCAUACUCUACCCCUCUCCCGAAUAACGCAAUUUAUCUUGUACUAAGCCUGCCUCUACAUUAAUCGAAUACUCAGAGCUC